AUGAAAGAGAACACGCCACUGACUGUUCCUCUCGACGACCAUGGCUUCAGCCAUGCAAUUCGCGAAUUGAGGAAGUCCUCAUCCAUUGUAAGUACCAGGCGUCCUGCGACACUUGCCUCCGAGAGGGAGAAUGCCAGCGAUACCGAAGCAAAUUCUUGUGCCGCGCACACGUCGAGGGAGCCACGGUAUUCGGUUUCCUAUUGUUUCCAUACUCGUACUCUCUUACCUCUGCAGCAUAUAACUAAUUCUGCAGAUGAGAGCUCGCUUCCCCCUGUUUUUAAGGUGUGGGUGGACAAUGCGAUGGAAAGUUUGCUUGAACAAGAAGAUACGGACAAGAAUUUGCAGAUUACCAUUCUUGACAAUGGGCCAAAGGUAGUCUCUCUGGGUACCUUUCUCUCCGACGGCGGCCGGACGCGGGAAAUCCGCGGCACAUAUCUGCUUGCGAAUCUACUCGAGGAGCUACAUUUGACCAAGGGCAGACAUGCAUCGAAGCUAAUCCACUUCAAUGAUGUCUCCGAAGAUCCGGUUAGCCGUAUCAAUCGCAAAAUUAAGGACCAAUAUUGGAACAACCUAACCAGGAGGCUAGAUGAGUCUAUGAUUGAAGUUGCUGCUAAGGACCCCAAGGACUGGAAUGAGGACCCGCGCCCACGGAUCUUUGUUCCAUAUGGUGAAGACAAACUCUACGAGUAUUACUGCCAAGCUUCAAAGAACAAGCCUGAAUUAAAAUUGGAGGUGCAGUACCUUCCCCAGGGAGAAAUUACGGCCGACUUCGUCCACGGGCUUCGAGAUCGACCAGGUCUGCUCGCACUCGAGAUGGACUAUUCAAAUCCAGAUAAGCUGCAAGGACUGCAGUUUAUAGUUCCCGGUGGUCGAUUCAAUGAAUGCUACUACUGGGACAGUUACUUUGCAUGCCUUGGCCUCCUCGAGGUUGGAAGGCUUGAUCUUGUGCGAGAUAUUCUGUAUAACUUUAUAUUUCAAGUGAAACAUUAUGGUAAGAUUCCGAAUGCGAAUCGGUCAUAUUAUCUUUGCAGAUCGCAACCGCCGUUUCUCUCGGAUCUUGCAGUGCGAACUUUCAAAAUCAUUGACAACAAGGAAGAGGCUGCUGCAGUGUUACGGGCUGGGAUUCUAGCAGCCAUCAGAGAAUACUUCACCGUUUGGAUGUCAGAGCCGCGAUACGAUCCAACUACUGGACUCUCCCGGUUUAAGCCGCCUGGUAAGGGUAUCCCCUUGGAAGUCGAAGAAGGCCAUUUCGACGCGGUUCUAUACAGCUACGCGGAAAAAUAUGCUUGUACAAUUCCUGAGUUUAUUAACCAGUAUAACUCUGGGAAUGUGAAUGAACCUGAACUGGAUGAAUAUUUCAUGCAUGAUAGAGGGGUGCGAGAAUCGGGACACGAUACGUCCUAUCGAUUCGACCAAGGUUGUGCGGACCUUGCUACCGUGGACCUAAAUUGCCUCUUAUACAAGUAUGAGAGUGACAUAGCUUGGGCCAUCAAAAAUGUCUUCAACGACAAGCUCCCCAUCCCAGCCGAAUGGCGCACGCCAGGUAUGACAGAUGACCACGUCGAAGCAUCCGCAUCCUGGCUCCAACGUGCCAGCCAGCGCCAGGAAAGUGUAAACAAAUACCUCUGGGACCCUGAGCGGGGAAUGUACUUCGAUUACAACACAAAAACCCAGAAACGCACCACCUACGAAUACGUAACAACCCUCUACCCACUCUGGUGCGGCAUCGCCAGCCGCGAACAAGCCGACUCCCUCGUUACUAGAGCACUACCCAAAUUCGAAUGCGUCGGCGGUCUCAGCACCAGUACCGAGAAGUCGCGCGGCCCAGUCAGCAUGCCUCACCGGCCACCGAAGCAAUGGGAUUUUCCCUUCGGAUGGGCGCCGCAUCAGAUGCUUGCCUGGGACGGGCUGAAGAGAUAUGGCUAUUUGCGUGAGAUGGAAAGGCUCGUCUAUCGCUGGCUGCAGCUCAUGGUUCGGGUUGCGGUGAAUUACCACGGGGCGAUUGUGGAGAAGUAUGAUGUGACACAGCUAGACAAUCCUAGCCAGGUCGAUGCGGAGUAUGGUAAUCAAGGGCUGGAUUUUAAAUAUGCGAAUGUUGAGGGCUUCGGGUGGAGUAAUGCUAGCUUCUCGUAUGGGCUAUCCUUGAUUAGGCAUCGGAAACUGAUGGUGAAAGCCCUGGGCCUUUGUGUCCCUUACGACGAUUUACGGAUGGAGAACGCCCAUAUUUGACAUACACAAAGAUGUGUCGGCUGCCCUUGUUUCUUUUCUGCGGAAAAUUAUAUACAUAUGAUCGUUUUUGGGGAGAAUUUCAUAUAUAUUUACACGCAUGGGAACGAUUGUUAAUGACGACAAAUGACGGCCACUAGGUACGUUUAGAUUGGGGCUUUUGAAAUACAACUACGUCAUGGCUCGUGACACCUACAUUUCCUGAAGGCCUAUAUGGCAUUUUUUUUUUUCUGGUUUUAGAUUAAAUUUUUGUUUUCAAAUUUCAAUACCGACCUCUUAUAAAGUUGUCUUCUUACACACAAAUGAUAUGGUUGUGAGGGGAGAAGUAACAUGGACUGCGGGAAAAUAUAGUCUCGUUGGUAAUAUCAAUUUGGGCGAUGGUUUGCUCUCCAUCGGAACGUACAGAACAAUAUGAGGCGGGUGGGCAUUUUAUGCGUGAAAUAAUAAUCGGGGCGGGAUGGCCCAUAUUAACAGGAAUGCAGAGAGAUAUACGAUGAUUCUGUGUGAUGGAAGCGAAGCUAUCAAAUGGAUAUAGAAAUUUUGCUCGAGCGAAAUCGUUGCCAUACAGACAAAUCUGUGGGUUUAUUCGUAACAGUCGUGAGUGCGAAAGUAUCUCCGGAAAUUAACUUCAGUUCUUACAGAGCGUGUCGGCCUGAUGAAGUUCAUCAGACUCGAUCGAUGCUGCAAGAUCUUCGCAAACUACCAUCCGGCAUUUGUCAU